AAAACGCGCCUUCACACGCAGGGGGCGGCGGUGAUGCCGUGAGCGCGCGUUCACGUCUCGGUGUGAGUGAGUGAGUGACGGUUUAGUGUCCCGUAAAAACAGGACGAAAAUGAAUCCUUGGCUCCGGAGUUUCAUCCUCUUCCUCAUCACGUCUGUUGCCAAAGCGCAGUCCUAUUCGCUGCCGUAUGAAAUGGAAGGAUCCUGCAGGAACCAAACUUCCGAAUACCGGGUCAGAAACUACUGCUGCAGCAAAUGCAGAGCCGGAACCCGAAAAGUGAGCGACUGUACCGGCGAGAAGGACACGGUGUGUGAGGAUUGUCCGGCUGGGAUGUAUUCAGGCAUGAAUUAUUACCCGAACUGCUUCACCUGCAGCAAAUGCCAAGAGGAUAAAGGCAUGGAAUACGCCAGGCCGUGCACCAGGGAAAGUGAUGCGGUGUGUGUGUGUAAGUCUGGGUGGUUCUGCCUUUUUAACGAUGACCCUUGUACUUCGUGUGAAAGGCACACAAUGUGUUCACCUGGCAAAGGAGCAGUAAAACCAGGAACUGCUACAGAGAAUGUGGUGUGUCGUAAAUGUCUCACAGGAACCUUCUCUAAUGUAACCAGUAGUGAGACGUGUCGAUCACACACUCGGUGUGAGCUCCAGGGCAGGACGGUGCUGCGCCCCGGCAACACCACAACCGACACGGUGUGCGGUCCGAUCAUAAGCACAACCAGGACCAUAGUUGUAACUCCUCACCCUCCCAUCACGACCAGGUCCGGUUCUUCACCCACAAAGUCGCCCACGAAGCCUAACGUCAAUCCUCACAGCUCACACAGCGUGUUCUCUGUCUUCACAACACGGCCUCCUGAUGACGUCUCUAUCAGCUUAUGGAUCGGUCUGCCUGUCAUCACGUUGCUGGUGGUUUUGCUGAUAACAGCUUUCUUUAUUCGUCACAGGAAAGCUCUGCUUAAACCUACGGUCCGCGACGCUGUUGAAGCAAGGCCGUGUGAGAGCUCAGCCCACCUCUGCAACCCGACAGAAAACCAUGUACUCUUAGCAGAUAGCAGCAGCAGCAGCGACCCAUCCACUUCGCUGUCCUCUGACAGCCACAGCCAGGGCACAGGAGUGAGUCAGGACUGCCUUCAUGUCGAGCAGCCGACCGUCUCCAGCCCCGUCGUUAACCUCAGCUUCACGGCCACCAUUAAUUGCCAGGUGAACCCGGGUACUGGCUGCUGCUCCAUUCCCAUCAGCCCCUGCGUGCAGGUUCCGGAGCCUGAGUUUCCUCUCUCUCAAGAAGAAGAGCUGUGCGUGUCCUGUGAGCAGGAGGACAGUAAAGACGCCAUACAGUCAGUGCAAGAGAGUGGGAUGACUAAGUACUGAAGAUGAGGGGGAAAUCCACUGGCUCGUCUUGCACGUUAGUGCUGAACGUUUAAUCUCAGGCUGAAUGUGUGUGUGUGUGCAUGUGUGUGUGUGUGUGUGUAUCUGAGUGUGUGUGUGUGUGUGCAUGUUUAUGUGGGGUUUGGUGCUAUAGUGGAACAUCAUUACUGGUCAUGUGUAAAAAAAAUUUUAUUUCACACACAAACCUAUUUUGGAGUCCAGACAACAGAAAUGGCGCAAACGCUCCCACACAGUUACCAUCAAUACACACAUUUAUGAAUAUGCAAAUUAAAACCCUACACAUAUCCACCAACACACUUCCCCUCAUACACUGGCACCGAACACAAAGCAGGCAAGGGUCUAUAGGCUAAGGGGAAGCCCCUUGGAAUGAAAUUUGUCUGAGGGCAACGUGGAAGGAAAAAAGGUCAUGGGUCAUCCUGCAAGAAGGUAGGCUUUUAGAUCCGAUGAUGCAAAAUCGUUUGCAUACAAAGAACAUUUGUGACUUUGAUUAAAUUCCCCUGAAGCGAGAAGACGGAGUUUAACACAGUGUUACUUGAUCAAACGAGUUGAUAAGUUUCACCCCCGUGAGUUUGCACGGGUUCUCGGUUGUCCUCCGCCUCCCCGAGUCGUGCUGGAAGACGGACCGCACCGUCGAAUUGUCCCUGAUUUUGUGAAGCGUGAAUUCAGACGUGAAUUUUAAUACAGUGUGACGUACUGUUUUGUCUCGAGAAAGACUGGAUACAUGAUGUGCAGCUUUAAACAGAUCUCAGGGCAGAAUUCUCAGAGGCAUCCUCAGAACAAUCGCACCAUUGUUUCGCUCCUCUGAAGAAGACUCUGCUGUUCAAGACUCCCCUUCCUUCCUUUCAGCUUUAAAGUGGCGACGCUUUGCCCAGACACAAUUCAGGAGAAAAGCAAAUGCCCCUUUGUUUCGAGCACCAAAUGUCAAGUAACAAGUGGGCGAGUUGCACUUUACCUACACAUUUGCUCUGAGGAAGUCUUGCACUGUAUACAUACGAUAAACGGAAACAUUACCACAAUGUAGUUCAACGACGCCCCCCAGUGGUGGUUAGAAAAUGACUGUCGAUAGCAGGAUUUAUACUGAGCGCUUUUAUUAUUCACAAGGGACAUUUAUAAGAAUGAAUGUAAUCUUUUCUCUCUAAUAUUCCAGGUCCAGGUCUUAGAAAUAUCAAGAUCUUAAUCUCUUUAAACUCUGCCUUAUUUCUGUUUGCUUCAAUGUAAAUUUGUAGUUUGAAUAAACAAUUAAACAGUAAAACAUGUAAUUAUAUAUAUUUUUUUAAAUAUUGUUUUUAUAUAUCAUUAUUUCAAAUGAUGUUAUCGUGUGUGUGUGUGUGUGUUCAUUUAUCUGUCAUUUCAGCAAGUGUAUUGUGUGGCUUUAUUUUUAUUUUUUUUUAUUAUUCGUACCUUGCAUAACAUAUCAUCUUUUGUAGAUAAUCUUUAUACCUCAAUGUCUCACCUGCUGCAAAUGUUUUCUAGCAAUAAUUUCAGCUCUGUAACUUUAACAGCUAAUAACUUUAGUUAUGUCCUCAUCUAUGCAUCACUUAAGAAGGCUGUAUGAGAACAAGGCACCGUCCUUUUCCUCCAAACUCUUUAACUGAACUUAAACCCCAUCUUUAGCCCUAAAUGUUAGCGCUUAUUGAUGCUGUCUGGUGUCUCUCACAAGUCUUGUUACGUUAGUGAACGUGUGCACAAACACGCAGAGAUCUUUUCAGGAUCGGCACUGAAUCAAAUCCAGGUAUGGAUCGAUAGUGUUAGAGCAGGUAAAGUAUCUUAUAAUACUGUAGAACCUUUUUGUUACUAACUUUUGAAAUAUCGAUCGCAUUUUCUGAGACUUUGCACCUUGAAUGUUUAAGUGGUUGAUGGGAAAUCUGUCUCUUUUCACUGAGUCAGAUUAUUUGACUCAGCUCAAUAAGAGUCAACUCUUCCAACUCAGAAACCUUUUAGUAUUAUACCAGCGAUUCGUUUUCUGUGUUUGUUUGUUUGUUUGUUUUGUCUAACCAUGGCUGGAAUUGUGACGUUUAUCUUAUUUAAAUAAACUUACUUUUUCAUUGCA